AUGCAGUUGAAGAAGCUUCAAUACCUUCAGAACACUGCCGCCAGAAUUGUUACUCAGACUCGUAAAUUUGAUCACAUUACGCCUGUCUUAUUUGACCUUCACCGGCUUCCGGUUAGUUGUCGUAUCGUUUUUAAAAUUCUUUUGCGAGUUUUCAAAUCACUUAACAACCUUUUCCCUACCUAUCUGGCGAACAGAAUGAGUUAUCAAUCGCAUUCCAGGGACUUGCGGUCCGCAUCUAAGCAGCUGUUAGACCAACGUCGAUCAAUCACGAAAACUUACGGGGACAAGGCUUUUUCAGUGUGUGCCCAUAAACUGUGGAAUUCACUACCAUUAGAUUUGCGUAAGUCACCAUCUUUAACUGGUUUUAAGAAAGAAUUGAAAACAUAUCUUUUU